UCAGUGGCAUAUCAGAGGAAAAGAGGAAAUUGUAGGAAAGUGUACGAUACCGUCGUGGGUUUGUGAUAAAAACAUUUUUGUUUUUAUUUGAAUAAAUAAUGAAUUGUGAUUUUUAUAUUGGAACCAUAAUAAAUUACGAUUGAUGGUUCAAUUGUAUGGUUUUGCUCAUACCGGCAAGUAUCACAGAAUAAAAUAUCCCAGAAUUAUUGAGUCAAAACGUCAGGUAUUUAGUUCAUAGCGAGAUAACGACAUGGGUCCACCUAAAAAAUUUAGAAAAUAUGAUUCAAAAGCUGGAGGCGACAGGUCGGGGAAGAAAAAAAAAGUAGACGAAGAUGUUACAAUAGAUCUGGUAGAAGAUGAUAAUGGUGAGAAUACUGGUGUACCAGGUGCAGCUAUGCAAGAUGCAGAAAAGAAUGACCAGGUCCCAGAAGAUGAGUUUGGUGCUAAAGAUUACAGAUCCCAAAUGGAACUAAAACAAGAUAGUUCUAGUCGUCCUCUCUGGGUUGCACCAAAUGGGCAUAUAUUCCUUGAGGCAUUUUCGCCAGUUUACAAACAUGCCCAUGACUUCCUAAUUGCUAUUGCUGAACCUGUUUCUAGGCCUCAACACAUACAUGAGUAUAAACUUACAGCAUACAGUUUAUAUGCAGCGGUAUCUGUUGGUUUGCAGACAAAUGAUAUUGUGGAAUACCUACAAAGGCUUAGCAAAUGUGCUGUGCCUGCUGGCAUUAUUGAGUUUAUCCAGCUCUGCACAUUGUCUUAUGGGAAAGUGAAGCUUGUUCUUAAACAUAACAGGUACUUGGUUGAGAGCAAACACGUGGAAGUGCUACAGAAGCUUUUAAAGGAUCCGGUGAUCCAACAGUGUCGAUUGCGACGCGAUGGGGACGAUGAGUUACUUUCGUCUGCACUGCCUAACAAACCUGCUUCUGCUACAGCGAUUGCCGCUAGACCUGGCGAAGACAAACAACCUGCGAACGGGGCGGUCCCCGAGGACAUAAGUCAGUUUUAUCAGCAACUGGACAAAGAUGAUGAGGAAGACGAAAACACUGACAUUACAGCUAAAAACUCUGCUGUUGCCUUCGAAGUAGAUCCUGAUAAAAUUGAGGUUAUACAAAAACGGUGCAUUGAAUUGGAAUAUCCGUUGCUGGCGGAGUACGAUUUCCGCAACGAUACCAUUAAUCCAGAUAUAAACAUCGACUUAAAACCUACAGCGGUGUUGCGUCCCUAUCAAGAAAAGAGUUUACGCAAAAUGUUCGGAAAUGGACGAGCGAGGUCGGGGGUAAUCGUGUUGCCUUGUGGCGCGGGCAAGUCGCUUGUGGGGGUGACAGCGGUGUGCACUGUUCGCAAGCGCGCCCUCGUGCUAUGCAACUCGGGCGUGUCUGUAGAGCAGUGGAAGCAGCAGUUCAAGUGCUGGUCUACCGCUGACGAUAGCAUGAUAUGCCGAUUUACAUCGGAAGCGAAAGACAAACCGAUGGGCGCGGGUAUCCUUAUCACUACGUACUCUAUGAUCACACACGGUCAACGCCGCUCGUGGGAGGCUGAGCAAACUAUGAAGUGGCUCCAAGCCCAAGAGUGGGGCGUCGUGGUACUCGACGAAGUGCACACCAUCCCCGCCAAGAUGUUCCGACGCGUGCUUACUAUUGUGCACUCACACGCAAAACUAGGUCUAACCGCAACUCUGCUACGUGAAGACGAUAAGAUAGCAGAUCUAAACUUUUUAAUCGGACCUAAACUUUACGAGGCGAACUGGCUGGAGCUACAAGCGAACGGAUAUAUCGCGAGGGUACAGUGCGCUGAGGUUUGGUGUCCCAUGAUGCCGGAGUUCUACCGCGAGUACCUUGUACAAAAAAUAAAUAAGAAAAUGUUGCUAUACGUAAUGAACCCAUCGAAAUUUCGUGCGUGCCAGUUUCUGGUGCGUUACCACGAGCGACGCGGCGACAAAACUAUCGUUUUCUCCGACAACGUUUUCGCAUUGCGUCAUUACGCCGUCAAGAUGAACAAGCCAUACAUCUACGGCCCCACGUCACAGAACGAGAGGAUACAAAUUUUGCAGAACUUCAAGUUCAAUCCGAAGGUGAACACGAUAUUCGUGAGCAAGGUCGCCGAUACCAGCUUCGAUUUGCCCGAGGCUAAUGUGCUGAUUCAGAUCUCAUCGCAUGGUGGUUCGAGGAGACAAGAAGCGCAGCGGUUAGGUCGAAUUUUGAGAGCCAAGAAAGGUGCACUAGCAGAGGAAUACAAUGCCUUCUUCUACACUCUCGUAUCUCAGGACACAUUAGAAAUGGCGUACAGUCGCAAAAGGCAGCGGUUUCUUGUUAACCAAGGUUAUAGCUACAAGGUGAUCACUGAAUUGAAGGGAAUGGAUCAAGAGCCAGACAUGUUUUAUGGCACCAGAGAGGAGCAAGGAAUGUUAUUGCAACAGGUGCUAGCGGCGUCAGAGACAGACUGCGAGGAGGAACGCGAGGGUGCCGUGGGAGGGCCGGGAGGCACGGCGCGGCGAGCGGGUGGUAGCCUCGCCUCCCUCGCCGGCGCCGACGAUGCGCUCUACCUUGAGCACCGUCGCUCGUACAACAAACACCCGCUCUUCAAGAAGUUCCGAUAUUGAACUCGCACGGAAGAAGUUAAUAGAUGCUGCCAAACCACGAAAAAUAAUACCACCAUUCUUUUUACCAAAAUCUAUUAUUUUUGUUUUAUUUAACUCCCCUGAAAUCCCCAAUCCGAUAUAAACUUUAUUGUUUACAAAAAUCCUCGUUGA